UAUUCCACAAGUCCAAUAUUUGCCACUUGAGCUUUUUUGAGUAGAAUUUACGAAGUUUUAUCUUUGGUAUUUGGUGUUUCUUAUGCUAUCACUCAACGAUUUUAUAUAUAUUAUAUCAUCUUGAGUGAUACCCUUGGCCGAAGUUCGCUUUCAGGCAUUUCAUUUAAAGGUAUUUCACACGUUUGUUAUUGUGUCUACAUCAUCCUACUUAGCGUGUAUUUGACUGCAGUGCGUAUAAAGAACAAUCGUCAUCGAAUACGGUUUAAUGGACGUUAUUAAACGGGUGACUUUCAGGACAUUUGAACUGUUUUUUAAGAUCUAUUAUUGUUGAUACGAUCAAACGAGGACGUUUGAGAGUUCUGGGCAUACGAGAAGCCAUCAACGUGAAUAGCUCGCUGGCUGAGAGCAAGGGCUACUUAAUUACAAUAAAAAAAGGUGGCGUACAAGUUCAUACUGCAUUGUAAGUGAUAAACUUGUCGUUAUAAACGAAAUGGAGGGUUGCUAUAUUGGGAACGGAGAUCGUAUGAAUUUCAAUGGUGUGCCGCAAUUUCCAGCUUCUGAUCAAACGGUGUGGAAUAUAGAUGAAGAUGCUGUGUUAGAUGAGCUGUAUGGCAUGCUUACUGCGGCAGAAAAUAAAUCAUUUAACACACAACCUAUACAAAUGCAACAAAUGCAAGAUCCCAACCUAAAGUCUAACUUAGUAGAGACAAAUAAACUUCAACAUUUUGAUGGAUACAAGCCACAAUUCCCUUUGACCCCAAACCAUGCUGUCUCUAUGCCAAUUUUACCAACACAAAAUCAAUCAAUUGCAUUCAAUGAAAUCCAAAAUACAAAUUCUCGCCAGGAUUUCUCAGUACCGCAACAACCUUAUCAGCCAGUGCCAGGAUACACACAGAGCAAUAACCUACAUAACCAACCACCUUCAAACCUAGCACCUUCGAACCUAGCACCUUCAAUCAAUAUCCCAGCUGUUGAGCCAAUUUCCUCCUAUGCACCCAUCACAGAAGCAACCUUGGUGACGUUCGUAGAUUUGAAAACAUUCUACGAGAAAGGGCAGUGUCGUCUGCAGGGUAAAUCUGAACAACGUCUAGACUAUGCUUCGUCAUUUGUUAGAAUUUAUUUAGAAAAACCAGACAAUAUACAGGCAAAAUCUGUAUUUGUGGAGCGUUCACCGGAUGCAGCCCACAUUCUCAAAGAUAAUGUUGGACAAGUUACAUUGAAAAUCUUACCAGACGAAAAUGACCAUUGGAUAAAAGUUAAUCUAGAUGAUGCAGGAAGUGAGGUGUAUAAGUUGUCCAAAGUGAAGGGAGAAGAACGAAAUCUCUUUAGAAUUGGUCUAAAAUUAUUAUUCAAAGAUACAAGCAAAUCUAAAACCUUCUACAGCGAUUCUUUUCAAGUGAAAAGCAAACCAAAGUCAAUAGAUGGCCUGUGUGAUGGGGAUGGAGAGAAGCCAAUGAUAAAAGUUGAACCAGAGCUUAAAAAACGGGCUGUAAAACGUUCAAGAAAUGAAGAAGAUACGAUGAUGUCAAGCCCGCUCAGUAUUGGUUCUUCAGUUUUUCCCGAAGUGAUUACAGAUCAUCUUGAAGCGGCAACAGCCAACAUCAAACAACUUAGGGUCAACCAUCCGAUACAAACGCCGCGAGGCGAUAUUGCAUAUCAUUUCAAACUAAAAGGUCAUCCUAAAAAUCUCAAGUUAGAAGAAGGAGACUUGAUUGGAUUCUUUGAAAAUGCUCAUGAUGGAAAAAGCGAGAUUCGUCGUCUGACUUCAGAGAAUGCACGGUAUGCUAAGAUUGCGGGCGUGAUUAGUAGAUCAGCCUGGUUGGAGGGAAAAACGCCUGGUGACGAUGAUAAAGAAGUAACAGAUGUGGUAUGUGUCAUCGGAGUUGUGAAAGUCAAAGUGCGUGGACCCGUCGAAAAUGGCGAACGUAUCUAUGCGUCGCUGUCGUCAUACCCAGGCGUUGCUAUGCCCGAACAUGUGAUCACCCAAGUGACGUCAGAAGAUCUGACCUUGAUUGGCCAAUCAUUGGAUUCCGUCAAGGAUGAUUCUCUGGAUAACAUUAACCUCGUGUCGUGUUUUGUUUCCAUAUUAUUGAGCAUUCAAACGCAACAUACUAACAAGGUGCUCAGUGACAUGCGCACUGAUAUGCUGGAAAAUGUUGACAGUAAAAUUUCCAGAGCAAAGAGAAGUUUGUUACGAGGUUUACGAUGGAAAUUGUUUGCGUUGGCGAUAUUCUUGGCUCUACUUGGUGUGCUACUAUAUCAAGUAUUGGCACCAUUAACAGCGUUUCGAUAUUGGCAAUGUUCAUUGGGCUCAAUUUCUGAUUCAACAUCUUCAUUCUCAUUUAUCACAACGAACUAUCAGAUCCCGAAAGUGAAUGGAAUUGAAUUUCAUUUUGAUGAUCUCAUGGACAAGUUAGACGCGAAUUAUAAAAGAAAAGAAAACGAUUCAAUUAUAGGACACCGCUAUUAUUUAAAUAUUGACCGCUGUGCAGCAGGAGGUGUCAAACACGGUGUUCGUGGGCCCGAAUUUUAUGUGCUUAAUAAAGAGUGCGAUACUGCGUACUAUUAUUUUGACAUUGGUCAUGAUAGUCGUUACCGUCGAUAUGUAUCUGGCAGAAAUUUUCUAUGUUCAUUUAACGAUGGUUGCUCCAAUUGCGAUAAUGAAAAAGCACUGACAUGUACACACUAUAAAUUUAUGGUAAAAAAAGCGAUAUACCAUACGGGAAGUCAGCUGCAAGAUCAAAUUCAGACGCAAAACCAGACGCAAAAUCAGACUCAAAAUCAAGUUCUGAAUAAGACGCGAAAUCAAGUACAAAAUAAAAAUAAAAAGCAGAAUCAAAAACAGAGCAAAGAGGCUAGCUGUCUCAAAGGUUUCACGGAGAAACGAGGGUGCGCCAGCUUUAAAUAUGUUGCGACAUCGACAAAGAAGGAGGUUUCCGUUUAUGGCGUCGAAGUAACCAUCGAAGAAUUAGGAAAGAAAUUUGGUAAAACGUUCGAAAAACUUAAACGCGGAGCCAUGAAAGUUCGUUAUUACUUUAACCUUCGACGGUGUGUGGAGAAAGUUACUAGCGCUGGCCCAACAUGUUUCGCUGUCGUUCAGACGUGUGACGAAGCAUUUUAUUAUCAUCGCGAAAAAUGGAAUAAAUAUAACACGGGUAAAGAGGUCAGUUGCUCGCCGGAUUUCUAAUUCGUCUUAAUUAACGAUGUCAUUUUGCAUCAGCCACAGUGGUAUUUCAGUCAAACUAUCAUCGGAAUUAGCGAGGCACUCAGCAAGACUGUUGGCCUGUGUGGACGUUGGUCAAGUCAGUGGUCGUUGGCCAUUUUCUUGUUCUUAAUAACCAUGGGUACGAGGUUUAAAAUGUUCCUGUUGAACUAGGCUUAAAAAAGGCAACUUGAAGGCACUUGCAACCAUGCACAACAGAUCCAAAAAAGGCACUUGCAACCAUGCACAACAGAUCUUGAUGAGAUUUUCCGCUCACAGCAAUGGCUUUAAAAAAAGUUUUUAUUUCUUUCUUAUCCCAAGCCACCUCAAAUGACCACUAUCAGCUGAUGAUCAGACAUCAGAGAUACUCACUUAAAUCAUUCCAACAGUAUCACAUAUACUGUAUUGUACAUUUCUCAUUCAAAUGUAACUAUAGUCUAUAACAGUUUUAAAGAAUUCCAUUUGUAAAUAACAUCGAUUUUUAGAUAUUACAGAAAA